CCGUGGAUGUUUUGGUCGUCCGCCGUAUGAGGUUGGUUGCCACUUUGGCUGCAGAGAGAGGGGGUCAACGGGGGAGACUUUAUGGUCUUGCUACACAACACAGGCCGAAUAGAAUACCGGAACACUCGACGUUUUACGACGGGAAAUGGACAACAGUAAACGAACUGUGGUCGUUACAGGUUUUGGGCCAUUUGGAGAGCACACAGUCAAUUCCAGCUGGGUUGCAGUUCAGGAGCUGAAGAAGCUUGGACUCGGUACUGAAGUGGAUUUGCAGGUCUACGAGGUUCCUGUAGAGUACCAAACAGUGCAGAGUUUAGUUCCAUCACUAUGGAAGAAGUAUCAUCCAAUGCUUGUUGUUCAUGUUGGAGUAUCAGGCAUGGCCACCACUGUCACGUUAGAGAAGUGUGGCAGAAAUCAUGGCUACAAGGGCCUGGACAACAGCAGCUUCUGUCCUGAUUCACAGUGUUGCAUUGUGGGGGGCCCAGACUGUAUUGACUCCGUUAUUGACAUGGAAUCAGUCUGCAAGAGAGUGACUGCCUCUGGACUGGGAGUUACUGUGUCUGUCUCUAAAGAUGCUGGAAGGUAUCUAUGUGACUUCACCUAUUACACAUCCCUGUACAUGAGCCACGGUCGCUCGGCCUUCAUUCACGUGCCUCCUCUUGGGAAGCCAUAUAGCGGUGAAGACCUGGGCCGUGCGUUGCAGGCCAUUGUGCAGGAGAUGCUGGAACUUCUGGGUAACGCCAAGGAGAAAAUUCACUGCCAGCAGCACUUCCACUAAGUGACCUCUUGAUACCAGCCAGCCUCUCCAGCCACGCAAGACAAAUUGCACUCAACCACAAGUAGCCAAGUUCUUUCUUUUUCUUAUCCUGUCAGAUGUAAUGAAAGCUUCAGCGUGUAGGACCUUUUCACUCUGUUCUUGCUUUAAUUUCUUAUUUUUCCCCUCAAUAAUGGAGAAAUGAUACAAGAUUGUCCCACUUUAAAGAUGCAGAUGUGUGAAUUUGUUUCGGUUUUACCUCCAAAGCACAGGAAGCUUUGUGGUUCACAAAAACUAUUAGUUGCUGCAGUGUGUAACAGAUUCUACACAGUGUUAGUCCAAAUGCGGGUACUAGUAUUGCACCUUCUAGUGUUAGGGUUACUGAAAUGGUUACAGAAGUCACAUUUGGCAGCCUUACAUGGGUUGAAUUAGGAAUUUGUCAUUCUUACGAUUCAGGAUUUUGCCUUAUACAUGUGUUGCCAAAGCUUCCAGGUUACUUCUGUUCAUAUGAUUUUUUCAUUCUCAAUACACACAUCACCACAAAUCAGCAGAUUAUCAUUGCGAACGCUGAUACGUGAUUAAAUAAGUAUAUUCAUGUAGAAACCCUGAGCAUAAAUCAUUAUGUUCCGUUCAUACAAUUUCUCCAUCUUAAGUCUAUCUGGCUAUUGUUUCUGGACUUUUUCUUUAUAAGAAGUUGUGAAUUUACCUUCUUUUACAAAGGUCAUUUAAAAUUGGGAACGGGUUGGUUCGAGCUCACAUUCCCCUAGUGUGUUGCCCAUUUCUGACCAGUAGCCAAUAAUUCAGCCCCCUGAGAUCUGAUCAUAGGUUGUGGAAUAUGAUAUUAACAGAUCUGCUCCGGUUUUCUAGGUUUACUAGGCUGCAUAAUUAUUUGAGAGAGUAAAUCAUUGUGAUUGCUGUAUAGCCAAUAAUAUUGUCGAGACUGUAGUUUGUGCCACGAUGUCGUUGUGGUCUCUGGGAACGAGACAUUUUUGCGGGAGAUUGGAGACUUGCAGCAUUGCACAACCAACACUAAGCCGUAUCAUGGUGGCAGUGUUGGAUGCUAUUGUUUCCCUGGCCCCAACUUAAAUCCAGUUUGAAUACAGACCUCACCAAUAAGACAAAAUUAAACAAGGGUUUCCCAAACAUGUAGUUGGAGUCAUAGAUAGUACCCACAUUUCAAUGAAAGCACCAUUAGAUAACAAAUUCAGCAAUGUGAACAGGAAAGGAUUUCAUUCAAUCAAUGCACAAAUAAUCUGCAAUCCACAUUGUUUGGAGGAACGCAUCAUUCAUUCAUUCUACAGAAUAGCUCCGUGGGUGUGCGCCAAGAGGAUGAGGAGCUGUUGAAGAUGGCUGGCUGCAGUGAUCUGUCCCCAAUAAUGCUUGCAAUCCGGUUAUCCACAUGACUUGCUUGUCGUCCUCCAGUUAACUAAAGAUAAAUCUCAUCUGUG